GAGUGAAUCGCUGAACAGCGGAUUCGAAGUCUUCAAAAAUGGAUGAAUUACCGGUACUAAACAGUCUAUGCAAAGAUCUAUAUGAGAGUGUCGAUCCGCAAGCCCGACACCGAGCCGAGAGUAACCUUGCGGAACUGUCAGAGUCACCCGAAUGCCUUCAAAGAUGCAUGCUUCUCUUUGCACGAGGAGAUUACCCAUACGGACCAAUGGUAGCAAGCACCACACUAAUGAAACUUCUCGGCGGAAAAACUAGCAUCACUUCUGUUCAGAAGCUCGAGCUUGCAAAAUAUUUAUUGGAAAUGCUAGGUCAAGGUGCACCUCAAUUUCCUCCAUAUCUCGUCACAUCACUUUGCCAACUUUUUGCAAGACUCACGAAACAAGAAUGGACGUAUCAAAAUCCCACAGAAAAUCAAACAGAAGACACAAAAAUUGAAUAUCCAUUUCGUGAUCCGGUUGAUAGCCUUGUCAAAACAAUCAACAUGGAUAAUAUCGAGGAAAGUAUGCUGGCCGUGCAACUGUUAACCUUACUCGUUGCUGACAUGAAUUCAGCUUCGGGAAUGGAUUCAGUUAACAAACAUCGCAAGAAUCUUUCGCAGUUCAGGGACGAUUUUUUAUAUGAGAUUUUCUCGGUAUCUCUGAAUGUUUUGAACGAUAAUGUGGACAGAAAUCUGAACGAUCGCCAAUUGGGUCUUCUUCACGCGGUUCUCAACUUGAAUCUCCAAUGUCUACUUUUUGAUUAUAUAGGAAGUUUGACAGACGAAACAAGUGAAGACAACUGUAAUGUGCAAAUCCCAACAGCAUGGAGAGCAAGUUUUACUGAUGGAAAAAUUGUACAGCUUAUGUUCAAACUUUUAAAUGUGCUUCCACAAGAAUCAAGUGAAAAAGUGAUGACAAUAAUAGCUCAAUUGGCAAGUAUUCGAAGAACGCUUUUCAAUGGAACAGAGCGACAGGCUUACGUUCAAAAACUUGUUGAAGGAGUUGUCAGUGUAAUUAUGAACCCUGGGAAGCUUAGUGACCAGGCCGCAUUCCACGAGUUUUGCCGUUUGAUUGCUCGUCUGAAAACAAAUUAUCAGCUGUGCGAGCUCAUCGCUGUUCCCUGCUACAGUCACAUGCUAAGGUUACUCGCGGAAUUCACUGUACAAAGCCUACGAAUGAUGGAGUUCUCAGCCAACAGUACAUAUUUUCUUAUGACAUUCUGGCAGAGAAUGGUGACGUCUGUUCCAUAUGUUCGAAAUAAUGAUGAGCAUCUUCUCAACGUUUAUUGUCCAGAAAUCAUGACAGCAUUCGUCGAGAGUCGAUUACAACACGUUGAGAGCAUUGUCAGAGAAGGAGCUGAGAAUCCAUUAGAUGAUCAAGGAGCAACCCUUCAAGUUAUGGAACAUCUUGCGAUUAUAUGUAGAUGCGAAUAUGAAAACACAUGUAAACUUCUCACUCAACACUUUGAUCAAAAUGCCAACAUCUGGAUGAAUGGAUCUGAAAAUGAUGCCAAUACAGCGAUUGCCGAAGGUCGUCUCGUUUGGUUGAUUACAUUGAUCGGAACUGCUGUGUUCGGAAAGACGACAGCAACAAGCAGUGAUGUUCACGAUAAAAUGGACGGAGAACUCAUUGCCCGAUGUAUAACAGUUAUGAGAUUCAAUGAUAAUCGGCUUCAGUUGUCAAAUAAUACAGUUCCACUGAAAGGAAAUCUUCGACUGGAAGUUUCAUUUAUUCACAUGCUUGAGCAAUUCCGUCGUGCGUAUAUCAUGGAUCAAAUCACUCGAGCCAGUGCAGUCUACGACACACUUGAAGCAGAACUGCGUAUUACGGAAGAGUCUGACAUGCUAGGUGUUAUUGUACAAAAGAUUCUCACAAAUCUGAAAUUCUGGCCGUCCAACUCUGAUCUCUUGGAUCUUUCCCUAUCUUUGUUCAAGGAUUUAUCGCUUGGAUAUUCUGCAGUUCGAAAGUUAUUCCGUUUACCAGAAGUUCAGCUUCUAUUGAACAAUCACACUGCCGAUCAUUUCAUGUUUCUUGGUCCAAAUAUUGAUUAUCAAACAAUGAAACAGCGAACGACGUUUUACGAAGCACUAACGCGUCUUUUAACAACGGAUUAUUCGGACGACGAGGAAAUGCUUCAAAGAUUCCUUCGUCCUCUUACAGAUACAGUUGAAGGAAUUUGCACUGUGAUCCAGAAUAAUUGCCAAGGAGUUGAAGAAGAACAAUUAAAGAAAAUUAUUACUGGACUGUGUCGAGAUCUUCGAGGAGUGGCAAUAGCAUCAACAACGAAAACUAUCUUCCAAAUUCUAUUCGAAUGGAUGUACCCAGAAGUGUUCAAUAUUAUGCAGUUCUCGGUAGAAAAAUGGCCUGGAUGUGCUGAUGUCGUUACUCCAAUUCUUCGACUUCUCUCCGAAAUGGUUCAAAAUCGACAGCAACGAUUGAAAUUCGAAAUGAGUUCGUGCUCAGCUGUACUUCUUUUCAAAGAAACUUCAAAAAUUGUUUCGAUUUACGGAGAAAGGCUUCUUCAACUGCCAGAAGUAUCGAAAGACAGAGUAUACAAGGAAAGAUACAAGAAUAUUGGAGUGAUUUUUUUGAUUCUCAAGAAUGCGCUUAUUGGAGCUUAUGUACCUUUUGGAGUAUUCCGACUCUAUGGUGAUUCCUGUCUUCAGGAUGCGCUUACGACGUUUGUGAAGUUGUUCACAAGUAUUCCCCAAGAUGAUUUCCACAGCUAUACAAAGAUAGCACAAAAUCAUUAUAAUCUUUUGGAGCACGUUGUUCAAGAUAAUAUGCCGUUUGUGACGAAUCUCUCGGUUGACGUGUUUUGUGCACUUCUUCGAUCAAUUCACUCGGGACUUAGUUCUGUGGAUGCAAUCGUGAUAACAUCAGCUUGUUCAUCACUGGAUACGAUUCUCAACUAUUUGUACCGUCGGCUGACAAGAUCGACGCCACCAACGAAUAAAGUCGGCAUGGAUCCAGAAGGUGACAAUAUUCUUAUUGCAAUCAAGCAACAUCCUGACAUUCUCGCAAAGAUGCUUCAAGCUGUGAUAACGUUGAUGAUGUUUGGAGAAGUGAAAUGUCAAUGGAGUCUUUCCCGUCCACUUCUCGGAUUGAUUCUUAUCCAGGAAGACGUAUACUCUGAUAUGAAGCGCGAGUUGACAUCCCAACAAACAUACGAUCGUCAAGCAGAUUUUGAUAUGCUUUUCACUCAACUGAUGUCUAACGUGGAGAUGAAUUUGACAGUUAAAAAUAAGGACACAUUCACACAAAACCUCACUCGAUUCCGUCGUGAUAUUGCUCUUGUGCUCAAAGGACAGGCUUUGCCUUCUUCAUCUUCAGUAAAUCAGGAGAUGCAAUAGAUUUGCACUUUGUUUCAUUUAAUUUAUGUACUAUCGUUUUCUAGAUAUUCCCGUUAUUCCUGUUCACGUAUCAUUUUCUGCCGUUUUUAUAAUAUUAAAAGUGGAGUGUGUAAGCUUGGGGUUUUUGAAUAUCGAGAAAUAAAAAAAAACUGUUCGA